UCUGGAGCGGGGAUUGGCGGGGCGGGGCGGGACUCCCGGCUCGGCGCAGGCUCUGUGGGCGGAGCGGGGCGGAGCUGCCGGUGCAAUCGCUCCCAGCGUCGGGGCCUGUAGCAUCCUCCAGGUACCUACCCCUCCCGGCGCCUGGAUCGGCAGACCAGUCGCCAAGGAUUUUGUAUCCAAGGUCCAAAAGUUUGUUACCCAAGAUGAUGAAUGCUGACAUGGAUGCAGUUGAUGCUGAAAAUCAGGUGGAACUGGAGGAAAAAACACGACUUAUUAAUCAAGUGUUGGAACUCCAACACACACUUGAAGACCUCUCUGCAAGGGUAGAUGCAGUGAAGGAAGAAAAUCUGAAGCUAAAAUCAGAAAACCAAGUUCUUGGACAAUAUAUAGAAAACCUCAUGUCAGCUUCUAGUGUUUUUCAAACAACUGAUACGAAAAGCAAAAGAAAGUAAGAGAUCUAUAUGCUUUCUCUGUUACGGAUUGCUGCUGAUCUUUUUUAAAAAAAAACUUGGAUAGAUUCCAGAAGUUAUAGUGCUUUUGUUUGUGGCUCCAUUGAAUAUUUAUGAAGAUAAUGUCAGAUCUAGGCAAAAGUAAGAGCAUAACCGACUUCCGUGAAUUUGUGUAUUAUGUUAGUCUAUGAAAAUGUAGAGACUUUAUAAUUAGAAAUGCAUAUAUUUAUGAAACUUGAUGUCUUAUCAAAUUUAGGUUCAGCACUGUCUUUUAUUAUAUAGUAGGAGAUACAAGAAAAUAACCAUGUUGUGAAAAGUGACCAAAAUCAUGUUCUGAAUGCACAGCUUUAUGUACCCUGUCUACCAUCUUGUGCCUCUUCUUCAUUUGCUUCUUCCUUCCCAUUUCCCUUAUCCUGAAGGAAAAACUGGUUUCACAUUUGUAAGAGCAAUCUUAGUAGUUAGUCAUUGAUGAGAGUAACCUGAACAGUAUUGUUGAAACUUAACCAAAAGUUAGGGGUUGUUAGUUAUUAUACAGCCACCCGCCCACAUAAUGGAUGUUUCAGUCCAUGGCAGACUAAAGAUACAACAGUUAGAAUACUGUGUAGCCUACGUGUGUAUAGUGGGCUGGAUCAUCUAGGUUUGUGUAAGUGCACCCUGUAGCGCUUGCACAACAAAAUUCCCCAGUGAUGCUUUUCUCAGAACGUAUCUCUGUGCAUGACUGUAUUUAAUACUGGGAUUUAGGUAGGAUUGUUGGUUUUCAUUAAUCAUUUGAAAACAAGCUAUAAAAAUGAAGUGGGGUUUUUUCCUUGAAGCUGAAUUGGCAAGUUGGAAAAUUUUGUUAUUGAAAACUUCCUUUUACACAAAAUAAUUUGGAAUCUAAAAAGAUGAGCUUUGGUUGUACGGAUGUUUGAAAUACAAAAAUUUUGAGGAAAAAUAGAAAUAGGAUGGAAAAAAGUACUUAGUAAAUAGUAGUAAUCAACUCCACAUGUUUUUACUCCAGAUUUGUGUUAUCUCUGGCACAGAUUAGAUCUUUUGGGGAAUAUAUAUGAAAGUGGAUUAAGUUUGACUCACCUAUGUAAACCGCAUCUACAAUAGUUACAAAGAGUUUGGUCUCAAAGUAUAUUUAUAGUAUCUAGCAGAUCAAUUUUUGCAAAAUCUUUUGAGUGUAUUAGUAUCAGAAUCAUGAAUAAAAUGGGAAUUUUCAUGUAAACUAAUUGAUAAUAUUCUCAGUAUUUUAUCUCACUAUUUCUCCCAGAGUUUUCUGUAAGCCCAGCUACUUAGUAUGCAGAGUUUUAAUCAUUCCUUAACAGUUUUUUAAAAUUUAGUUUGUAGAUUCCAUUUGCUAAGGAAAUUAAUAUAAAAUAUUAAAAUA